AUGGAGCAGACUCGGAACAAACCUGCUUCCACCGUCUAUCCAUGGAUGGACACUGAACACGUCACUGGGCACUUGAGGAAAUGUUUCAAAUUCGUCUAUGACAAAGUCAAGUUACUGAACGGCCGGGUGGACGGCAUGGAAGCGCAAAUGACGCAUCUCAAACAGCUUAUCGAAGACGUCAAGACAAAAUCCGAAGCGGACAAAAAAGGACUGCAAGGCGAUAUUGAUACUCAGAAGGCGCAGAAUCAGCAGCUACGAAACGAACUGGACGCUGAGAGGGAUCGAAACCAGCGACUAGAGACUACGAUCAAUAAUUCGCAACAGUCAAUCACCCGAAUUGAUCAAAAGUCACAUGAUCUCUUCAACCAGUUCUGUGCCCAGAAGACUAUCACUACCGCAAAUUUCCAAAGGACAGAUCGACUCGUGUUAGAAUCCAAGCAGCUUAUCGAGUCGCUGGAACGGUCUGGCAAUACCUACAUCCAGAGCAUUGUCGAUCUCAGAGAGGACCUAGAAGAUCGCUUCGAGACAGCAGUGGUUCAUACCCAAGAAUGCUUGCGUCACAACCAAACCGCCUAUAUGAAUGGUCUAGGACUCCUCAGAAAUGAGACGGCGGAAAAGAUCGCUACUCUGACAGAUCACCUCUCCACCGCUGUCGAUACCGUGCAAGCACAGUCCCGCGAGCAUACGGAAGCGUUCGAAAAGACCGCUCUGGUUCUGGACCGUAAUUCUCAGCGUAUGGAAGAGCUCGGAAAUGCGAUGGUAGAACCACAGCUCCUGGAAGGCAUGAAACACCGCGUCGAAGAGCUUGAGAAUGCUGUGGAAUCACGUGAUGCGGCACUGCAAGCUUCUCAGGCCAUAACGACCAGACUCGAUUCCCUAGAUGCUCGCCUGGGCGCGUCGGAAGUGGCUCUCCACUCUGUUCAAAUGCCGACAUUGACCCUUCCGACUACCGCAACAGCUACCGCCGCUCUCGACGAUCCUCAGAAUAAGGUCGACGCAGUCUAUUUACAGUUGAAGAAUGAACUUGCCUCAUUAAGUAAUUGCAAAGACCGACUUGUCGCAUUGGAAAAGCACCGCGGUACCCCUGCAUCUCGCAAACUUGACAAUAGGGUCUGCGUGUUGGAAGAGAACUACGGCAAGAUGCGCAAUGACCAUACAGACAUGACCGCCAAGUGUGUUACCCACGAGCAGUUAGCUGCAACAAGGGAUUACCUUGCGGCCUCCCUCCAGACGACUAUUCAUGACCACCGGAACGAGGUCAACCAGGGGAUGGCGUAUAAUGUUGGGGUGCUGAACGAGCGAUGGGGUGGCCACUUAAAAAACAUAGAGACCGCUCUCACCAAGGUUGUCAAGGACAACGUAUUCCCCCACGCUCUGGUACUUGCACAAGACGCUGCGUCUGAUGCUCGACAAGGAACCCAGCCAGUUGCCGAUACCAUUGACCUCACCGCACCUGGACAGCCUACAUUCUUUCGACAAGUGCCCGAGAAGCGACAACGAAUUGAUAGACCGGCGCAACAGCAGGGUCAGCAUUCAACGCAGCAGCAAUGGCAGCAACAAGUGCAGCAACAGGCUCAGCAACAGGCUCAGCAACAGGCUCAGCAACAAGCACAGCACCAGGCGCAACAACAACAUUGA